AAAUGAGGAACUAAAUUUGUAGUCUGUUUUACCUUUUCAACGUCUUUUGCGAAUGAAUAAUGAAUGAAUUUUAAUAAUUGCUGUGAUUAACUGUAGUUAAUAACCUAUAAUAUGGCUACCUGGAUCACAGUAACACCGCGGCUUGAACAAGGUCUGAGAAUAGCAAAUCAAAUAGACAGCAGUAAAUUUCGAUUGCUCAUCAAUCGUAUUUGCCAAACACUGCAGUCUGAUGCAAAGGCAAGAACAUUUAGCGAGGAAGAGGAAGAAAAAUUAUUAGUCUCUCUAGUUUUGAAUAAAGAUGAAUUAGCUUGCCUUCUAGAUGCACUAAUCUUGUUUUAUAAACAAGCUGCAUGUAAUAUCAUAAAAGUGCAGUCUAUGGAAAGUACUUUGAAAGAUACUUUUAAAACAGAUGACGAUAAGGUUCAAAUAUAUUUAAAUGCAUGGGUUGCAUAUGGUAAAGGAAUCAUUGAUAAUUUUAGACAGAUAUCCAUAUUCCCUGUUCAGGUCAAAGAUAUUGACUGGUGUUUGAAUAUCCAAGCUGCAUCAUCUACUAUCAAAAAAGAUGUACGUCCAACUGCAUUAAUGCAGUUAAACUUGACAAGAGAGGAGCAAUCAAAAUUAACAGUUGAAUUUGAUAAACAAAAGCUGAUAGAUCUGUAUCAAAAUUUAGAGAAGAUACAAUCACAAUUGGAUGCUCUUAAAUGAUCCUUAAUUAGCCAUUGUUUUUAAUUUAAGAUAUAUAUUUUAUAUUACGAAUUAUUAAGUAUAACAAAAUAAAUAUUUAUCAUUGUA